GCGAACAAUACUUCCAUUUUGUUCUACAGUAUAAAAAAAAAUACUUUGACAACUAAAAGAUAUAUACAAACACACACACCUUUUGGGUUUAUUAUAUGGAAACGAAGUACAAUAAUUUCAAGAAGAGUAGUAGUGGCAAAAUGGUAAUAAUGAAGCCUGUAGUGAGUAAGUUGUAUUGCUCGGCGGCGGAGGCGGGGAUGCUGGUACGGCGGCGGCCGCAUGCAGUCAACGGCGGAGGAUUUGUAGUCACCGACUGUAAACAAAACGUCGUAUUCAGAAUCGAUGGCUGCGGAGUUCUCGGUGCGAGAGGAGAGUUGGUUCUAAGAGACGGCGAUGGAGAUGAGUUGCUUCUCAUUCAGAGAAAGGGAGGGAUAGUGCAGGCUCUGAGCAUUCAUAACAAAUGGAGAGGCUAUUCCUACAACUUCCAAGGCUACCAAAAACCGGUUUUCACUUUGAGAGAUCCCAAAACCUCUUGCUUCCCCAAAACUGGUUCAAUCCGGAUCUCGAUUGAGCCCUGUUCAACCGACAACUGCUUCUUCGAGAUCCGAGGCUAUUUCCCCGACCGAUCUUGCAGCAUCAUCGAUUCCGCUGGGAACACCAUCGCUCAGAUUGGAGUUUCUGAGGAAGUAAAAGAACUGAAGGCGAGUGGAGAUUUUUACCACGUCAUUAUCAAACCGGGGGUUGAUAAAGCUUUCAUUUUCGGAGUCAUUGCGGUUCUUGAUUAUAUCUAUGGUGAAUCUACCAGGUGCUAACCGGGGUUAACCGGUUUCCGGUGCAUGAGUAAAGGACUCGCACCACGUUGUUUGUAGUGUUCAGUUGUAAUGAUUUGCAAGUUACUGUACUAUUGUAUUUGUGUUACGAUUUGGUAUGUUAUAUAUUUUGGGAAAACGGAA